CUAUACUGUUUGAUGUAAAAAUACCAGUGUUUUAAGUGGUUUAUUAUUAGUGACAUUAGGUCUGAGCCUAUUCUGUCUAUUCGUCUCCCUUUCCCAGACGUCACUCUUGUAUUAAAAUUUUCUAAUCAAACGCUAAUCUCUCACUCAUUUUAAUCUCAGUCUUCAAACUUACUACUGAUUUGUGAAUCACUUAUUGCUCUUUAGUUUUCCGCUAUAAAACAUUACAUAAAAUGGCAGAUGAGGUAAAAGAGAAAAAGAAGAAGAGCAAGAAGGUGGCGGAACCGGCAGCUGCACCCGCACCGGCAGCCGAAGCCCCAGCAGCUGCACCGGCAGCAGCACCAGCAGCCGCUCCCGCUAAGACCACUUCAAAAAAGAAAGCGCAAAGAACCGGAUCAAAUGUCUUUGCUAUGUUUACUCAACAUCAGGUCCAGGAGUUUAAAGAGGCUUUCCAAAUGAUCGAUCAGGACAAGGAUGGGUUCAUUUCCAAAAAUGACAUCAGAGCCACAUUUGAUUCAUUGGGCCGAUUGUGUACUGAUCAGGAAUUGGAGUCUAUGAUUCAAGAGGCUCCCGGUCCCAUCAAUUUCACUAUGUUUUUGACCAUUUUUGGCGAUAGAACACAGGGAACCGAUGAGGAAGAGGUCAUAUUGAAUGCCUUCGCCCAAUACGAUGAGGGCAAUGGACUUUGCAAUGAGGAAACUUUGAAACACGCAUUGGUAACAUGGGGUGAGAAGUUUACUGAAGUUGAGGCUAAUUCAAUUUUGUCGGAGGCGCCCACUGAUGGCAAGGGUAAUGUCGACAUCAAAAAGUUUGCGCAAAUCCUAACGCGUGGUGAGGAUGAGGAAGAGGGUGCCGGUGCAUAAAUAGCACAGUCAUAAUAGGAUAUAUUUACUGAAAAUCGUUAGCCAAUAAAGAUGUGGUUAUUUAUAUUGUAAUAAAAUAAUUAAUAAUAAAUAAUAAUAACAGACAAAAGCGCAACCAAACUAUACCUUAUCAUUUGAAGAUAUAAUAUUGUAAUAAAUAUAUCGCAUAAUUAUUUAUCAACAUUAAAGACAAUAUCAGUUAUUACAGACAUCCCGAAGUCCAGCAUUUGUUUCAUCGCUAAUAUUAUAGUCAUUAUAUAAAUGCUUUUUUGAGACUCUUAUUAUCUCUAAUCAUAUCAAACUAUCCGUUCGUUUUAUUGUUAAACAAAAAUUUUCAAUAGUUGUCUAAUUAAAAUGCUUGCAAUAAUAUAAACAGCUUUAUAUGCUUAAGUUUUUUUGCUAUAAACAAAUCAUAUGUCCAUUAGAUUCCUUAUAUUGUAAUAUCUGU